AUGCUGCAUUUGGAAGGCGACAAUGGACGACAAAGGUCGGUUAUUGCGAAUUUGCAAAAAUUCGUUUAUUGCUGUCUGUACUUGAGGUUUAUCAAAGACGGAUCAUUAUUCUUGAUCCUCCUGGGGUGGAUAAUUUCAUCGCUAUGUGACUUCAUCCAGGAAUUGACACUCAGGUACUUGAAGAAGAACUACUUGGAGGUAGGGCGUGACAACGAUCACGGAGACGAUGAAAGCCUUGCCAUCAGAGGGUUAGAAACUCCUAUCGUAAGGAUGAUAAUAAACAAAGCCAUACGAUAUUACCAAGGUCUGAUACUUCUGGAAACGGCAUACUGUAUAGUGUACCACGUCAGACUGGAUGUAACGAGGGAUAUAUGUUCCAAACCGUACGGAUUCGUAAUAAUGCUUUUGAUAAGAGAGUUUACUUGUCCGACACCUGCAGGGUUUCCCAGCAAGCUACUUCUGGUAGUACUCGAUAUUGUGUUACUUUUCAGCCAAAUUAUAAUAAUGAACGGCUCAUUGAGUUCGAGUUUCCAAAACGUAAAGCUUAUAGUCAAGGAGUUGAACGCAGAAGAAGAGGGCGCACUUAACAUUCUCAAACUCAAUACCUGGCGCAUGGAUGCAAGCGGGCCCGAACUCAUAGUUCACAAGAAUCACGACAAUCUUUUUCCUCAGCAGAUAGAUGAGGAUGACGCUACUGAGUUCACACCUUUACUGAAUAGCGCCGAAUAA